CACAUUCGACGAGAUUUGCUGGUAAUAAUAAUCGUUCAUCGCGUGUGUGAAGAUAAGGUGCAACCAACGACGACGACGACAACGGCAGCAAUACACAUUAGGAGGCACCCCCAAAAUGCCAUAAAAUCUGUCAAUAAAAAUAAAAUUCAAUAACGUGACCGGAAUGUGUGGCAUAAAAUGGAUGCUUUUUGGAUUCUUUUCGUUUGCUUUCCUUCUCAUCCAUGCAGUAAAUGGUAUCACCGACUCACGUAUCGACCAUUAUUUGGUAGAUGAUGAGCAGCCGAGUUUUGGCGCCAGCAUCACCAACACAAGCGUACCAAUUGGUCGCGAAGCUGCCUUAAGUUGUAGCGUCAAAAAUUUGGGCAAUUUCAAAGUAGGAUGGAUGCGUGCCUCAGACCAAACUGUUCUUGCGCUCGGCAAUCGCGUCGUCACGCAUAAUUCCCGUUAUGCCGUUACGCAUGACGAUGCCCAGCCCGGCGUGUGGACCUUAAAAAUCAAAACAGUCCGUGAAUCGGAUCGCGGAUGCUACAUGUGCCAAAUAAAUACGACACCGAUGCAAAAGCAGCUGGGAUGCGUGGAUAUUUAUUUGCCGCCCGACAUUUCGGACGAGGAAUCGUCGAGUGAUCUGACAAUAAAAGAGGGAGAAAAUGCAUCGUUAUAUUGUCACGCACACGGGCAUCCGACGCCGAGAAUAACGUGGCGCAGAAACGACGGUACACCGAUUUGGUUGUCAUCGUCAUCAUCGUCGUCAUCAUUGCCCUCGACAACAGCUCAGAGUGUAAACAACAAAAAUGCAUCUGGGACAACAACUGCAGCGAAAAUAGCGAUGAAAAGCUCAUCCACGAUAAAAGUUGAUACGUUUAGUGGGAAUUAUCUCAACCUAACACAUGUACAGCGUGAACAAAUGGGCGCCUACUUAUGCAUAGCUAGCAACGAUAUUCCACCUGCGAUCAGUAAACGUGUCGUACUCAACGUACAAUUUCCUCCGAAUGCCAGUACGCCACGCGCUCUCUUCGGCUCGUAUGUCGAGUCCGACGUAACUGUCGAGUGCAUAAUCGAGGCAUUUCCUUUGCCGGUCAAUUAUUGGAUUAAGGGAACAAAGCCAUUGAAAGCAUACGAUAUUGACAAUUAUUACAAUGCCAAUUCCAUGAAUCACAUUGGGGGAGGCAUGGAGCAACAGCAAUAUCAACCAGGUUCAAAGGAUGAAGUAAUUUCCCUCAGCGAAGCGGACGACGGAACCUAUACAUGCAUAUCAACAAAUACUUUAGGCAAGGCAAAUAAAACUAUUAGGAUUUAUGCGAUGAAACGACCAACUACAACAACGACAACAACAACACCUGAACCAACGACGACCACGACGCGGGUGUACACGACAACCACAACUACUGUGCCAACAACAAGGAGCACGCCACGCUUCACAACGUCGCCCCCAUCGACAUCGACAACAACCACAGAAAAUUAUCUUGAUUUUGCGUACACAAAUAGCCAUUAUCUCGAUCAUUUUAUGGGCGAUAAUUAUGUUAAUCAACACCGUGCAGUACACUCGCCGCCAGCACAAACGGGCGGCGCAUCGUCACCCAAACUCUUGUUGAGUAAUUGCCUCAUAUCGAUAAUGAUUUCCACGUUUUUACAAAGGUGA